ACGCCACGCCGCGGCCGGCAGGGGGCGCAGCUGUGCCGCGCGGGGACCGGGUGACACCGCCAUGGCCGGCGAGGCGCGGGCUGGCGGGGACGCAGUGCUGCGCAGGCUGCUGAGGCUGCACCGCACGGAGAUCGCGGUGGCCGUGGACAGUGCCUUCCCGCUGCUGCACUCGCUGGCCGACCACGACGUCGUCCCCGAGGACAAGUUCCAGGAGACAUUGCUACUGAAGGAGAAGGAGGGCUGUCCCCAGGCCUUCCACGCCCUCCUGUCCUGGCUGCUGACCCAGGACACCGCAGCCAUCACCGACUUCUGGAGGGUUCUCUUCAAAGACUACCACCUGGCGCGCUACGGGGGGCUGCGGCCCGUCCUGGAUGGCUUCCCGAAAGGCUCUGAGCCAGGGACCCCGUGCCCUGCAGAUGUGGACCUCAGCCAGCCCCGGAAGGGAAGGAAGCCCCCCAGCGGUCCCAAGACUCCUGUACUGCCACCCAGAAACCCCACCAAGAGGAAGGCUGUGGAGGAGCCCCGAGCUACCCCACCAGCAGCCCUGACCUCGAAGGGCACCCCGAGUCCAGGAUCCCAGUUGAAGGUCAAGCCCCCCAAGAAGCCAGAGGGUAAUUCGGAGUUGCAGCGCCUUCCCCUGGGGAACGGAGUUCAGACCAUGUCAGCUUCAGUGCAGAGGGCGGUGGCCGUGUCCUCGGGGGACGUUGCUGGAGCCCGCGGGGCCGUGGAGGGCAUCCUCAUCCAGCAGGUGUUUGAGUCAGGGGGCUCCAAGAAGUGCAUCCAGGUUGGGGGGGAGUUUUACACCCCAAGCAAGUUCGAAGACCCUGGUGGCGGCAAGAACAAGACCCGCAGCAGUGGCGGGGGCCCCAAGCCUCUGGUCCGGGCCAAGGGAGCCCAGGGCUCUGUCCCUGCUGCAGGAGAGCCACGGCUCGGCCAGCAGGCCAGGGUCUCCGUCGGUGCAGCCCUUGCCAGUGAGACCCAACUCCACCAGAAGAACGAGGACGAGUGUGCUGUGUGCCGGGACGGUGGGGAGCUCAUCUGCUGUGAUGGCUGUCCCCGGGCCUUCCACCUGGCUUGCCUGUCCCCGCCCCUGCACAAGAUCCCCAGUGGCACCUGGAGGUGCUCAUGCUGCCUGCAGGGGAGAGGCCAGCAGGCCCCAGGCCAGACCCAGGAGCCCCAGCCCCCAGAGCCACCUACAGAGGCCCCGGUCCUCCAGGGGCCCCGGGCCUCGGGUGAGGAUGUGCGGGCCCUGCCCAGGGAGCCCCACUCGGACCCUGCAGUCUCCUACACGCACCUGUUGACCCCGCCUCCUGCAGGGCCCCUGCCCAUUCUGGAGCCCUCAGCCCUGCACCCCCUGCUGAGUGCCAUCCCUGAGGGGCAGCAGGGCCUGACGCCCAGCGCAAGGUGUGGGGUGUGCGGAAACGGCGCGGAUGCGCUGCGGUGCGCACACUGCGCAGCCGCCUUCCACUGGCACUGCCACUUCCCGGGGAUCGCAGUACGGCCCGGCACCAGCCUGCGCUGCAAAUCCUGCUCCGGAGACCGCGACCCUGGAGAGGCAAUGCGGGCUUCCAGUCCCCCUCGCGCCCCGGAGCCACCCAAGGUGGACAAUGGUCAUGCUGGCCAAGAGGCUGUCCUGCACCGGGAGGACCUGGAAUCCCUCUUAAGCGAGAUUUGGAAAAAUGCGAGACCCCAGUGACCACCAAUCCUGCAAGAGGGGAGAGUCAGGCCCAGGAGCCGAAGGAAAGAGCCACCAGGAAGAAGCCACCUGAGAGGUAGAUGGGCCAUGGGGCCACACCCAGUGGGUGCUGUGAGGAGUGCUGCAUGAGUGACGUCCAUGGGUCCCAGGCCUGCAUUCCCUUUGAGUUAGUGCCAAGUGAGGUGGUGUUCCUGGUCCUGUGGAUGCAGGCGGGGUGGGCAUCAUCCCUGGGUGGCCCCUGCCUGGUCUGACUGAGCCUGGCUCCCCGCAGCACUCCUUCGACGGCAUCCUGCAGUGGGCCAUCCAGAGCAUGGCCCGCCCGCUGGCCGAGGCGCCUUCCUUCUCCUGACUGCACAGGGGACCCUGCCGGAGCCUGCACCCACAGGCCUGGAGGGACCCGCCUACUCGCUCUGGCACCUGGCCAUUCCUUGCAGAAGCCAAUGGGGUGGGGACCGGAGGUCAUGUGUGCCCUGAAAUUAAAGUCACUUCUGGUGUUCCA